GUUGAGAAGGAUGGAAAGCCAGUGCGACAAAAAAUUUAUUAAAGAUGACCGGUGACCAUUCUUUGUUCUUCCUUCAGUUCACCGCCAUUCUCGACACGGUACUGCAGAAACUAUCCCGUUAUGAUGAAGGAACUUUGUUAGCGUCAAUAUUCUCCUUCGCGAAACAAACGACGAGUGGAACAUCCAGCGGCGAUUUGGGCCGCGAAUACGUCAACUGUCUGCGCUCGUCCAUGGAGCAGAUCCGGCAGAAGGUCAUCGAUGAUCUGUUCACCCUGGCGCUCUUCGAGAAGCUGUACACGUCGCAGAUGACCAUGAUCUGCAACUGGCUGACGGAGCGAGUCGAUCGCACACUGCAUUCCUACCAAGUGAACUGUCUUUCCUUUCUGAUCAAGAAAACCUUCGCGGAAUUCGAACAUUCGCGGCAAGGUAUCCCCGAGGAUGUGCUGAACUUCAAGAACUACCAGACCAUCCAGAACCGGAUGCGUCUGGAGGAGGCCACGGCGGCCGUGUCGGAGGCCAGCAGUGCCACGCGCAGUCCCCGCACCUCGGCGCUGGGCAUGUUCGAGAAGGCCAAGAAGCUGGCGCUGUCGUAAACGACCGGCAAUGA